AUGCCGGGCGUCUCCACCACGGGCGGCACGGGCCCCGCAGUGGGCGACCUGGACAUCCCCAAGCGCUUGUCGUACGUGAGCGCUACGUCGCAGUCCAAGGACCUCGAAGAAGGCAGCUACACGGGCGUCAAGACCCCCGACACCUCCGGCGAGAAGGUCGGCGAGUAUGAAGGUGGCGCGCUGCGUCCUGGAGGCAUGCCGGUGCUCACCAGCAAGGAGAACCUCGGCCUGUUGUUCGAGUACGCCACGGUUGGCCUCGUUUACGGUCUGCUCCCCGAGACCAUCUACCCGUUCAUGCAGGAGUACCUCAACUGCUCCGGCUCGCAGGUCGCUGCGGCCAAGCAGUUGGUCGUGCUGCCCUGGAGUUUCAAGGUGUUCUACGGCAUCCUGUCCGACUGCCGGCCGAUCUUCGGCUACCGUCGUCGGCCGUACAUGCUCAUCGGCUGGACGAUCUGUAUCAUAAUGCUGCUGGUCAUGGCUAUCAUGCCAGUUGGCAAGCCCUACUUCACGGUAUCUUCGGAUCGCGAUCUCAAGGUGUCGGAGUACACGCCCGAGAUCGAAGCGCGCAUCAACUACGACGCUCCGUCGGAAGGCGCCAAGUAUGUCAUCAUCAUGUUCUUCGCCGCGUUCGGCUACGUCAUGUCGGACGUGUGCGCUGACAGUAUCACCGUCGAGUUGGCCCAACGCGAGCCGAUCGCCAAGCGUGGCAAGACGCAGUCGUGCAUCUACACGGUCCGAACGGCCAUGGUGAUCUUCGGCGAGCUGCUGACCGGAUUCUUCUUCAACGGCGAGGAGUACGGCGGCACCUUCGACUUUUCGCUGAGCUUUCCUCAGUUGAUGAUCAUCGUGACGGUGCUGUCCCUGCCCGUGCUUCCCAUGACCUGGUUCUUCAUCAAGGAAGACAAGGUAGAGGCGGCCAACUUCAAGGAGUACAUUAGCAGCUUCUGGGAUCUGCUGUGCCAUCGCGCCGUGUAUCAAGUUAUCGCGUACAACUUCUUCGCCAACAUCUUCGCCGACUUUACCUACACGGCCAGCACUCCCGUCGCGUCUUACAUGGUGGACGUGACCCCGAUCAACAGCACUGUGAGCGACAUUCUGAGCAACCUGCUCUUCAUGCUCGGCAUCAUGAUCACGUCCAAGUGGGGCCUGCACUGGAACUGGCGCUGGAUGAUCAUGUGCACUGCCGCGACUGUCAUUGUGAUGGACUGUGCGGUGGCUAUGAUCGUCGUUUGGGACGUCUUCCGCAACCAGUGGUUCUGGCUGGGCCCCCCUAUCGUCGUGCAGCUCCCGUACGGCGUGGGCUGGAUCAUUUCCACCUUUGUCACGGUCGAGCUCGCACAAUUGGGCAAUGAAGCGGCCGUCUACGGCCUGAUCACCACAGUCACCAACGUCGCUGCGCCGUUCGCGACGUCGCUGUCGUUGCUGGUCGACGGCCCGUUCAACAUCACCAACGCGCGCGUGCAGGAGGACGACCACAGCGUCCGCAUGGACAUCACGUACACGAUCAUCAUCAUGUACGCCGCCAUGGUGUUCGCCUGGGUCUUCCUGUUCCUGCUGCCCAAGCAGAAGGAGGACGCGCAGCGGCUGCUUCGCAAGGGCGGCUCGAGCAAGCUCAUCGGCGGCAUCACGGUCGGCUACCUGGUCUUUGCGAUCCUUUGGUCCGUUGUUACCAACGUCCUCGCCAUUUUCGACAGUACGUCGUGCUUGAUCAUUGCUGGCGGCACUGGCUGCUAA